CAGCUUUUGUCGGGCCGCCGCUGGCCGGGCCUGCUCCGCAGCCGGCCGCGCGGGCCGCCGACCCGGGCUCCCAUGGCUGGGCCUGCUACGGCCGAGCGGGGCCGCGGGCCUCCCGCCGCGCUCACGCCUGGCACCGAGGGGCUGCCGCGCGCCUUCCUGCAGAGCCUGCGCACGCUGUUCGACAUUCUGGACGACCGGCGGCGCGGCUACGUGCACGUGCGCGAGAUAGAGUCCCGCUGGCAGGGUGCGGACGCGCGCGAGCUGCCCCGCGGCGUGCUCGAGGGCCUGCGCCGCGCCGCCCCGGCCAGCGGCUAUCUUACCUUCGAGCGCUUCGUGGCGGGGCUGCGCACCUCGCUGCCUGGCACCGAAGGCGGCCCGCGGGACCCGGCGCGCGCCCCCACCCGGCCAGGGGACCCUCGCUUGGUGCUGGAGAGGAAGCCCCUGCCCCCGGGCUCGCGGCCCAGCGGCCCCGCGGAGGCGACGCCCUGCCCCACCGGCGCUGCGCGGCCCCCGAGCGCGGACACGGGUGCUGUGGCCUGCAGGGCCCCUGAGGUGGAUGUGGGGGAUGCCCGGCGGGCCCCACGGGCCCGAGGGGAGCGUCGGAGGCACACAAUCACCAAUGGAGUGGACUGCGGCCUGCUAAAGCAGGUGAAGGAGCUGGAGCAGGAGCAGGACGUGCUGCUGCAGGGCCUGGAGAUGAUGGCGCGGGGCCGCGACUGGUACCAGCAGCAGCUGCAGCGAGUGCAAGAACGCCAGCGCCGCCUGGGCCACAGCACCGCGGGCGCCGAAUUUGGGGCUGCUGGGAGCCCCCGCCCACUGGGCUGCCUGCUCCCCAAGGUGCAGGAGGUGGCGCGGUGCCUGGGGGAGUUGCUGGCUGCCGCCUGUGCAGGCACGGGCACCAGCCCAGCCCCUGCCUCGCCCUCAGCCCCCAGCUGGCAGCAGCAGACCAUCCUCAUGCUGAAGGAGCAGAACCGGCUCCUCACCCAGGAGGUGACCGACAAGAGCGAGCGAAUCACACAGCUGGAGCAGGAGAAGACGGCGCUCAUCAAGCAGCUGUUCGAGGCCCGGGCACUCAGCCAGCAGGAGGCAGGGCCCCUGGACUCCACCUUCAUCUAGCCGGGCCAGCUGGGGACCCGAGGGAGCCCCACUUCCUCUCAGAGCCUGGCUUCCUACCCGGCCUGGAUAGUCGGUUCUGGCCCCAGGCUCUGACCUGGAUGGGGUGACAGCCGAAGCUGCUCCAGCCGUUGUUGGUGGGUAGGGGGGACCCUGCUCUGCCUCCCAGAUCUCAGGCAUCCCUGGGGAGAGAGGGCAUGUCAACUGCUCUCCUGGCCCCUCCUGCCCCGACCCUGCGAUCCUUCCCAGGUCUCUAGGAAAAGCGGGCGCUCCAGGCUGUGCUUCCAAUAAUGGCCAGCAGAGGGCAACAAGGGAACACCGGCCCCGACCCGCAUGCGGCCGCUGCGUGAGGGGCAGGGUGAACUCGGACCUGGACACCCACGCCUGGGGAUUCAGGGACAGAUCCCUUUCCUCAACCAAGGCCCUUAAGACACGGUGUCUGUGGCUCAGAUAGGAGCAGACUUGGGUGUCGGUUGCCCUCUAGGAGGGCACUGCUUGGCCUGUUGGGGGACUCAGGAUGGGGCCAAGGCUGGGAAGGGGUCUUGGCAGGCGCUGGGGCAGGCUUGAGUGGCUUGCCUGCCUCCUGCAGACCCCAGGCCCUAGAGGGGUUUUUGUUGUUGUUGUUUUUAACAGUACCGAAGAUUGAACCCAAGGGUUUGGCACUAAGCUGCAUUCCCAGCCCUUUUUCAUUUGGAGAUGGGGGUCUUCCACAUUGUCCAGGCUUGGUUGGAACUUGCAGCCUUUUUCGGCUUCCCUCCCGGGAUGACGGGUGUGUACCACCAUGCCUGACUUGGCUUUAUUUUAUUUUAUUUGAACCAGAGUUUUGGCCGGU